AUGGAUUCGUUAGAACAAGGAAGAGAGACCAAACGAAGAAGAUGCAUGGAGAAGAAGAGACCCUUUAUAAUCACAAUCAAACAAGCUUGGAAGUAUUCGCCUACGAAGAUUCAGAUCCCCAACGAUAUCUUCGAAGAAAUUCUGAUGAAACUUUUCAUUAAGACAGUGACAUUGGAGGAGGAGACAGCUUCUUUAGAACACACACGGCCACAUAAUUUCAAAGGGGAAUUUCUCGAGGUUUCCGAGAGCUCCGACGGUCUUGUCUGCAUCCACGACACGUCAAUACCGGUCAGAGUCAUGAAUCCUGCCACUGGUGUGUCCAUAUCACUCCCUCUAGCUAAUAUUCAGCAACUUCUUAUUGAUCAUCCCCACCCGGCUCUUCAGCUAACCUAA